AUGGCCGAAACCGCGACCGCUAAUGUCAAUACCACUGUGACCUUUAGAGACUUUGUUGAGUAUGAUGCUGCAAUGGUUAUCUGGCAAUACGUACCACCAUUCCUGAUCUUGACUGGCACCGUGGGAAGCAUCCUGUCUGUUUUUGUGUUGGCCAGGAAGAAACUUCAGUCGGUCACGUCAAUGUUAUAUCUCGUCCUUUUGGCCGUUACCGACAUCUUUGUUCUCAACACGGGAUUACUGCGCUACUGGGUGAACCACGUCUUUGGUUACGACAUGCGGCUCAGCUCAAGUUUCUCUUGCAAGUUUCACACGCUGAUGGUCUACCUGUCUUUGGACUACUCCACGUGGGUCGUCGUUAUGCUAACACUAGACAGAUGCAUCUCCGUUUGUCUGCCCUUCAGGACAUUCAGGGCGUGUAGCAUAAGGAAUGCAAGAGUAUUUUCAGUCGUGGUGUUCCUUUUGCUUUUUGCCAUUAACAUGCAUUAUUUCUGGACGUAUGAUUUAGUAGAGCGGACCAUAUUUGGUGAUGGAAUUGAGUGUUAUGCAGCCAGUCCAUCUUUUAAAGUAUUCAUUGAUGACGUGUGGCCGUGGAUCGACCUGUGUGUUGUUUGUGGAAUUCCGUUUGCCAUUAUGAUCGUUUGCAAUGUUUUAAUCGUAAGACAACUCAUAAAAUCAUCUCAGAAAGUAUGGGCACAUAAGAUAGGUACCACAAAGAGUUCAACCCAAGUAAUGGAAAACUCAGUUUCCAAACGGUUACCUCUCGAGUCUGAUCAGCAACUGGGUCAUCUAAACCUAUCUGCAGACUCUGGGUCAGGAGACAUGGCCAAAACGAAUCUAUGUGAAUCCAAAACUCUGCAAAGUGGCAAGCAGAUCGAGAUUGAAUCUAAAGAAGGGAUCAAGAUUGAAUCUAAGGAAGGGAUCAAGACUGAAUCAAAGAACACGUUUGAGAUCAAAUCUGAAGGGAACAUCAGCAAAACGUCCAGAAUUAAAUUAGAGUCUUUAGCACGAGCUACAAAGAGACAUUCAAGGCUGACUGUCAUGAUGCUGUCUAUAAACUGCGUGUUUCUGCUGCUCAUGUCACCGAUUGCGGUCUACAUGAUCGGGUUCGGCACCUGGAAGGUCAAUCCGGAAGCACACGAUGAGGCCGUGUUAAUGUUGGCCUGGGCAGUUGUCAAUAUGCUGCAGUACACGAACAAUUCUAUUCAUUUCUUCCUGAUCUAUCUAACAGUGCCGUCCUUUCGCAGAUGGUUUUUAUCAAUGUGCAAAUGCAGAAGAAAAUUAAAUCCCGACUAUAGUGCCUCCAUGACAGUAAAAUGA